AUGCAUUUCACAUAUGUUUACACAAUAUGUAUAGCUGCCAGCUGUGUUCAUGCCAAAAUGUCGUGUGACGACAGCGCAUGCGUACUUCCUGCAUGUCGCUGUUUCUCAGACAGGAGCAUUCCGGGAUACCUCUCUCCGUUCCAAACGCCUCAAAUCGUGACCAUAACGUUAGAAAAUAAUAUCAGUUCCGUUAUAAAGCCUUUAUAUGAUUCGUUGCUAAACUUUCGGAAUCCAAACAAUUGUUCUAUACGGGUUUCUUUUUACAUAGAUGACAGUGGAACCGACUACAGCAUUGUGACCAACUAUGCGAGUCAAGGGCACGAGAUAGGGAUACAGUCAAUAAAUGGAACGCCGCCCAACUCCUCUGCUGAUUGGAUACACAUGAUCAAAUACAUGAAGACAAGACUUGGUAGAGACGGUAUUCCUUCAUCCUAUGGUGUGCGAGCGCCUCACCUCUCUUUCGGCGGGACAAAUGAAUAUAUCGGAAUACAGACGAACGAUAUGAUGUACGACUCAAGCUGUGUGACGUCAGAGUUUGUCUCUCCAGGAACGUUGAAAUGGCCAUUUACGUACGACUAUGAUUACGGAAUGUUUAAGUGCGAUAUCGGUACGAGUGUGGACAGGCCAUUUCCGGGUCGCUGGCAGGUGAUGCUGGCUGCCUACAGAUAUAAAGGUGUGGAAUGUGCUGUACCGGACUCUUGCGAGAAUGUCAAAACAGAAGCUGAAGCAUUUGACAUCAUUUACGAAGCAUUUCUGGAUCAUUACCUCGGAGACAGAGCACCAUAUACUGUAGUUAUCUCCCCUGCAUGGAUGCUUACUGAUUACAAGAGGGCGGGGCUGAUUAAUUUCCUCACCAACAUCACAACACAUCGAGAUGUGUGGCUGGUAUCCCAGAUACAGGCAAUACAAUGGGUAAAACAGCCGACCUCGCUGGAUCACAUCCUGGAGUUCCCUCCCUGGACUUGUUGA